AGAAGAGGAGGAGGAGGAGGAAGAGCGACCUAUCAGCGACGAGGCUAAACGGCGUGCUCGGGCCGUCUUUGAGCGUGCACAUAAACUUUUCAAGGAGAAGGAGCUCAAGGAAGAGCGUGUGGAGCUCCUCAACGCGUGGCGGUCGUUCGAACAUACUCAUGGAUCGCCAGAGGAUAUCGACAAUAUCGAGAAACAGAUGCCGCGGCGGGUCAAGAAACGGAGAAAGCUGGACGACGACCGAUACGAGGAAUAUAUGGACUAUGUGUUCCCCGCAGACGACAAGUCGGCAGCGAACCUGUCGAAACUGUUGCAGAUGGCACACAAAUGGAAGCAGGGGUCAACGGAGAACUAAUCAGCUACUGUACAUAUACCGUAUUUACCUAUUAUUUGAAGUUCAAUCUGACGAUUCAACUGUGGGAUCAUCUACAACGGUCUCCGCUGUAUAUGAAUGGCUUGUCAAGUCGCUAAAAAGAAGUAUAAAUGGCGCCGCCAAAGUCAUCACAGCCUCAGGCGUCUGUGAAGAAUAUUGCAACGGCCAAUGACAAUGCAGUAAGGAUGCAUUCAUGAGCUGGAGGUCAGGCCGACAGUCAGAAAUUGGGGUCUCGGGCUGUGAGUGGUGCGCCCUGACGAUCUCUGCUGCCACUCGCCCAGCUGACGCAGGAACGGUUGCACAGUCAUUGGAUUCGCUUUGUCUCCCUUCUGACUUGCUUUUGAAAUCUCUGUCGUCUGAGAAAUUGGCAUCCUCUUGUUCGGACGGUUUGUAGACAAAUCAGUAGGCAUCAUGGCCAUCAACGAACGGAGUGACUUUGCGUCGCCCAACCAUGGAUCGAGGACGCUAGCGGGAUACUCUCGAUAUACACCGUACCUACCCCUGAACGGGUCCCUUGCAGUGUCUGGUCUUUGUAUGGCGCGUCGAUUCGCGUGUGCUACCUGCAGCUGAGCUUGUCUGGUCAUAUUGGUUUCUGGAGGUUCCAUAAUGCAUUCUGAUCUUCGCUGCUUUUCCUCUCCGGUUUGCUCUUCGCGUGCUCUGCAGGCUGUGUCCUUGUGUUUCUUUGCCCAUCGUGCUGGUCGCUCUCACAGUCCAUCCCACGAUCCUUCCUUUCCCCUCGAUUGCCCUUCAGUUUCUGUUUCUCUACCUUCAUUCAAUUGACGACUUCCCGAAAAGACUCGUUUGAUCCCAGGUGAGAAUAUUUCUUUCGCGGCCGGCCCAAGCUGGGGCCGCUGUUUCACCUACCAGCGUUCGCCCAUACAACAGUCCCCCAAAUUAAUUAAUUCUGGUCUUCCCACUCUCGUGUCUCUCCCCUGACUCGGAGCUGCCCGUUUCCUCUCUCUUCGCCUCCUCCCAAUUCAAUCCCUUCCUCUCCUUUGCAUUUUCGUGUGUUUUCCUCGACCUUCGCGGUCUUGUGUCUCUCGUUUUCUUCUCUUGCUGCCCGGUUUGACAUCGUGCUUCGCUCCGCCCGCCCCAUGAACUAUUUCAGCCCCUGAGAAUUCCCCGAUUGACAGCCACCACCAGGUCGCCAUUCUUGCCGUUUCCUUCGCUCUCUUUGGGGUCAUCAUCUCGUCGAUCGUUCGCUACCGGCAUUGAAGCGCAGUCUCAGGUCCUGCGUUCGCUCUGUAAACCCAUCCACGUAACUCUGUCGAGUACAAGACAUCGUCCUCGGUGACGGUUCCUUCCCUUUCAUUAUCAUGAGAUAGUGCUCUGGCAGUCACCUUCAGUUCUCCCUCUCCUCCCUCCCUAGGCUCCUCCCCGCCUCACAUUCCUUUUGGGUGGGUGGCUAUCCCACCGGAUCCUUUCUUCGACUGGUAAAUUCGAAGACUCGAAUUGAAUCUACCUAUUCUUUCGCAACAUGUUCGCACCGAGACCUCCAGUGUCGCUUGAGGGCCACUGCUCGGCGAUUCAUAACAACACCCUUUACACCUACUCCCAAGAAGGAUUUCUGUCGAUUCCACUCGAAUACAAUGCAACCUGGACCGAAUUGACACCGGGCGUGCCAGUAUCGGAUGCCGUAUGUGUUACAGGUGGUAUUGAUGGCGAUGAGAGCCAGCAAGCCCUCUAUAUAGUUGGAGGAACGUCUUCAAAGUCGGAAAACCCCGGUCUACAACGCUACUCCUUCAAAGAUAAGAAGUGGAGGACCAUCCCACUCACGGCUGACAACCUUUCGAAUCGGACGUACCACGGCGCUGUCUAUCUCAAAUCUAUUUCUUCGAUCUUGGUCUAUGGCGGCAACCAAAAGGAUGGGUCCACUGUGUCUUCCGACACCUUCAUUGCACGCACUUAUGAGCCUUAUGAUCUUGACUCCCAAUCUGGAGAAAAAGCGUCACCUGCCGCUUCUCCUGUCCUUUUAACCUGGAGCGAUGGUACCGCAGCUCUGUUUGGCGGCGAGACUAGCCCUGUUGGGGUGCAUUUCUGGGACUCAGUUAGUGGAUGGCACGGCUCUGGCUUCGAAAUGACACAACAAUUGCCAGAAAAGGCAGAAUUCGCCCUCUUCAACAGUACAGACGGCAGCAAGAUAUUUCAGACUUUUGAUAUGAGCGUCUCCCCCAACAAUGUCACAAGCAUGGCUAUGUUUCCCGACAGUGCCAAUCCCCAGGCUUCCAGAAUGGUGAAGAGGGUUUACCCUUCCUAUGACGAUUCAACUGCCUCCACGACCACACGCCAAGCUUACUCAUUAGCUCAAGAUGAUGAUGGACAGGUCGUCAUUUCCAGUGGCAAUGGUACUGAAUCUAUAGUUAUCUUCGACCAGGCUCAAAACGAUUGGGUUAAUUCGACACAAUUAUUCUUCGGUGACAAAUCCGAAGAGGAGAUCCUUGAUAUCCUUGGGGCAGCAGCAGCAACGACAACGACUACAACAUCGACUACGCCAACACCUACGGCCACCGAGACUGGAUCCUCGACAUUGUCCGACUCGUCAAGCGGUGACUCGGGCAACGACAACAUUGGCACGAUCAUCGGCGCAACUUUGGGAGGACUUGUAGGCGUUGCCAUUAUUCUGAUUCUGAUCCUGAUGCUCCUCAAGCGGAAGAAGCAGAAGAUGGCCAGGGCCGGUGGAAUGGAUAAGGACCGGUUAAGCUUCCAAGAUCAGGGCGUAGAACCCCUGACUCGCUCAGCUUACCCUAUGGCCGAGAGUCCGGCACCAAGGGCCGCUUCCAUUGAUUCGUUGGCCAUCUUUACUGGAAACACAGGCGACGAAAAGUCUCCCAGGUCAGCGGGUGCACUUCCACAAUACAUGCAAAAAACACAGCCAGCACGGCCAAGUCCGCUCAACAACAUCCAAUCUAGCGAUAGUGACUAUACUGGCGCGGAUAAAGAGAUCGAGGUCGAGGACUCGUCAGCGCGCCCAGGCGACCGGACAACUGACGAAGGCUGGGGCAAAUACUUCCAGAACAACAGCACCCCAACCCUGGUCGGUAUGUCCCAGUACGACUCAUCUCGUGGUUCGAAAGCCACCAUCUGGCCUGGUGGCGCCAAUACUCUUCCUCCGCUAAACACGACCUUCUUGGAUCAACCCCAACCACUCGGUCGAGUCAACAGCGGAAGCCCCACAACUGAAUUCGCGACGUCCGUCAGAGAUGGCAGGCAGAUCGCAAUUCCCCAGAGUCAGUCAGCUCAAAUAUCCAGUGCCGACUCGAUCAGCCUCCACUCGGACGAUGAUGACGAAGCGGAUCGCGGGUACAACCCACGAACGCAAAGCUGGCUCGGCCGACCGCCAAGCAGCGCAUACAGCAGGAGCUUCUAUAACCCUACGCACAGCACACGAGAACUGCCGUCUACAGCCGCGGCUUCGCCCGUUGAUUACAGGAGGCACGACUCGGCACGCACAAACACGCGAGGCUCGAGUAUCUUGAUCCCGGAUGGCCAACCACUACCGCGAAACAACGUCAACUCGGAUAUGAGCUGGCUCAACCUUCAUGCCGAUCGAUAGUCACCAAACACUCCAAUGAAUAGCGUAAUGUCGCACAUGUGCAAAUACGCUCCCUUACCUACCGAGCUGCGAGCAGCAACAAUCCUUAUACCGCCAUAGAGCAUCUUCAUCUCCCUGGAAGAACACAUCCAGACCUCUCUCCGUCCGCUUACGCAUCCGCAUACGCACCCUGCACAGUGCGAAAAAUAAGCACCAAAAUUAGACGAAAAGGUGAGCGUUGAUGCGCCGCCCAACGUCUAGCCCGUUUGCAUCUCCGCGUCUCAUCAGCGCAACUGCCGUGUCGCAUCACUCAGCACUGUAUAAUUCCACAUGUACUAGCGCUUUCUUCGUCUUGUUCGUGUCAUUGUCCUUGCCUUGUCACUGCCGAGCAUCCAUCCCUUUUUUUUUUUUUUCAUUUCUUACUCUCCCUCCCUAAUCAGCCUGGCCUGCUUUUUAUACUCAUUUUCAUUCAAACUCUUGAUAUCCAUCUGCGUUCCCGUUCUUCCGCUCCUUGGUUCCCCCAUUCUCGCUCUUGUUCGAUUGUUUGAAUGUCUUGCAUACUUGGUUGCGAUUACUCUGUACAUAGACCCCUGGUAUGUGGUGUAGGGAUAUUGGGUUUCCUUUUUUUUUUUUUUACCCAUUUCAUCUGAUCUAGCGAGCUAGUCUGCUAGUUGUUGACUUGUUGACUUCCAUGUGCCAGGCACAUGGCUGGUUGAUGUGAAUGGAUUUAUCGGGAUUUUCAGUUUCUGUGCUUGCUUUUAGAAAAUACUUUGCUGGAUAUGACAAGGGCAAAAGGCACCUACGUAAGGUAAGGAAGGGCCUGCAAAGGCAGACGGAGGGCUAUAGUUGCAACCCAACCUCUAGGGGGACUUGCUAAUAUUCCAUAUCCUCGGAUACACACUCCGCUUUCCGCUGGCUGGCUGGCUCGUGUAUUCUUUUCCCACCAGUUGACUGGCCCUCGGAGGUCUUACACAAGAAAGCCC